AUUCGAUUGACGGUAGCGCUCUCUACAAUACGCUCUUUUAAUGUUCACGAAACGGCAAAACUUUGGCCAUUUUUAUCGAGACCUUUCUUUCGCGUCAUAUCAAGAUGAAGAUCGGUCUGUGUGCGUAUAGCGGAUACAAAAUAUAUCCGGGCCAUGGCAAGACCAUGGUCAAAGUUGAUGGAAAGACCUUCACUUUCCUCAACUCAAAAUGUGAGUCUGCACACUUGAUGAGGCGUAAUCCUAGGAAAGUGACAUGGACUGUUCUAUACAGACGUAAACACAAAAAGGGUCAGGAGGAGGAACAGACCAAAAAGAGGACGAGACGUGCUCAAAAGUUCCAGCGUGCUAUUGUGGGUGCUUCUCUCACAGAUAUCUUGGCCAAACGUAACAUGAAACCAGAAAUUCGUAAAGCUCAGAGAGAACAAGCAAUCAAGGCAGCGAAGGAACAGAAAAGAGCAGCAAAAGCAACGAAGAAAGCCGUUGCUCCUCCAAAAGCAAAACAAGUAUCUAAACAGAAAGUAGCUAAAGUGACACAAAAAGCUGCACCUCGCGUUGGAGGAAAGCGUUAAAAAGCUGUAACUAUAUAUAAAUAAAGUAAAAUAAUACCAA